GUGGGGAUCUUCGCUAUGUGAGCUGGAGUCUGAGAGAUCACAAGCAACGGCUACUAUCUCUGGUAUUGUAUGUCACUCUAUCGGAGAAGAGUCUACACCAAAGCAGGGUUGUAUGGAUAGAGCGGACAUAGCGAUCUAGAAAGCCCUCUCUUGGGUAGGAUCGUGCACCUCGUCGACCUUAUGACAGGUGGCACAUGAGAACCGCAUGAGGGGUCUCUCUCAGCUGAGGAAGAAGACGAUGAUACAGAUUGGGAUGAAGCGUAGGCAGCGUGUUUGCAGGCGGUUAUGCCGGAACUCAGAACCUUGCCGGCGGUGUGCUCGAGGAGCAGAGAAAGGGAAGGCAGCUCGUGUAGCAGUAAGCUCUCGAACCCUCCGGUCGAGUACUGAAUUCGUCGGGCAUGUCUCAAUCGCUACGAAGUGUGCGAUGAGCGUCACAGACAACCGCCCGAACCCAUAGGCGAAGAUGUCCGAGUGCAACAACCGUUUGUUGAUUCUUCCUUUUGUCAUGAGAGGCCCCCCGAGGCUUUCGUAACAGGCUCAAACAGCAUCAAGAAUGUGCAAAGACAGUGGUAGUGCUCACCGCGCCUUUCGUGCCAUGGGCCUCGUGGGAUACCUUCGUAUCGCGGGCUACCUUCUUGUGUUCUGCCAACAUUUUCCAUACCAACCACUGCGCGCCGCCCAGCUAACUUACUCACUAGACCUCACGGCAAUGAUGGCCUUCUCUGCUAGCUAUUCAGCACGAUUUCAUGAGCAUCAACAGUCGAAUGCCGAAGACAGUCUGAACCAUCAACGAUCGUUGCGAGAUCACUGGGUCCGGCGAGGAGUGUCGGCGCGCGGGGAGAUCUGGAGCGCAAAUUUCGAACAGAGACUUGAGCAGGAGGGCUUCACCUUGCAUCACAACAUGUGGGAUUGCGAGCAGACCGUCGAAAAUAUCGGGCAGGACGAGGAGAGCGAGGACGAAGGCCUGGGCGCGUCAGACCAGGCCUCAACCAGUUCCCACGCGUCUCACAGCGCAAAACCCGUGGCUGCAGUUCUUUCGUUCCCACCACCACCAUUACUACCGUCACCGUCGAGUUCAAGCAGGAUGGCGAUCAAGGCCCCGUUCUGGAUAUCUGCCUGGUUUAUCCUCACUGUCCCUGUCAUCUUCUGGGAUGCUAGUUACUGUUUCAUGAGACCACGCUCGAUGCGUGGAGGAGACCUGCAUUGGAUCUGGUCGCCGUAUGCUAUGUACCAGGACGUUGAUUAUGUCUAUGGCCUGCGUGCUUUUGAGAAUCAAGAAGGCUUCACUAAUGCGCAAUCGUUUAUGAACGUCGCCGAGAAUAUACUGAACAUCUUAUACUUAUAUCUCGCGCACGUUCAGGGAUCCCCUAUCGCUCCGCUUAUUGGUUUCACCAGUAUUGUCAUGACUUUGUCGAAGACAAUUCUCUAUUGGCUUAACGAAUACUUCUGUGGGUGGUGUUCGAUUGGGCACAACGACUUUGCCACGUUGUUCCUGUACUGGAUUAUACCCAACGGCAUAUGGCUGGUAUUCCCUACUGUAAUUCUUUCCCACUUUGGUCUGAGUAUCGCCAGUACUCUUCGCCUUGCCGCGAAGGUUGACAAGAAGAAGGCGCAAUAGUUGCUGCUCAACAUUGGACAACGUUUUGUUCUGCUAAAUCUUGAAAAUUAUAUCUACUGGCAUUUUUGUAUACUGUAGGGGAAUGUAGCCACCGAGGGCGAAGCGUGACGCUUUACGACGGGCAACCGGUCAUGU